UCACGUGACAAGCUUAUGGCUGCUUUCGGCGCUCGUUGCUUCGUUGUUGGCGUCGUCAGUGUCUUUUGAAAAGUGUCAUUCCGCCUUCUAAAGUCUUUGUGCAGCGGCAUUGACCGCUCAACCAGUUGCAUGAGCGUACUGCCUCAUCGGUCACUGCGCGCGACGGUCAGCAUGCCUGGAGACUGUCAGCCAGGUUGAGUUGCAGGUUACUGCAGGCAUGUCCACGUGGGCGCGCCGUGUCCAUCGGGGUGCCACCAGCCUGAGCCAGGCGGUGACCUCAUGCGGUGGUGGUCAGGCUCCGUCUUCACGCCUGGAACGAGUCAAAUUUGGAGUGCCCCUGGAGCAGCUCUGCAAGGACAGCAGUGACUUGCCCGCACCGCUGCUCGUGCUCAUGCUGCGCCUCAACAAGGAGGCUCCCCGCAAGAAAGAUGUCUUCCGGGCACCGGGACACCAGGGUAAUGCACGCAAGCUUGCACAGUUCCUGCACCAGGGCCGACUGGUGAACCUGGACAACUUCUCUGUACACACCAUGGCAUCAGUAUUGAAGCGCUUUCUGCGUAAACUUCCUGGUGGUGUGUUUGGUGCUGAGCUAGAAGCCCAACUGUUGGUGGCACUAGACCAACCAGGCGGCCUCGAGGAGCGACGCGAGCGGGUGCAGAAUCUUCUCGCGCAGCUGCCACUGCCCGCACAGCGGCUGCUGGUGCUGCUCUUUGGCACGUUCCGCCUGGUCGCCUCUGACCUGAGCCGCACGGGCAUGACGGCUGAGGCACUGGGCGUCAGCGUGGCGCCUUCCUUUUUCCGCACCUGCACGGGCAAAGUGGCGCGCAUGGAGGACGUGGCCCGAUUCCGAGCCGCCAGCCGAGCCACGCGCUUCCUCAUUGACAACUUCGGUGUGAGCAACCUGUUUGGCCGGCACAACUACGAGUACUAUGCGCGGCUGACCGGCCGCGUGCUCCGCGUCGAGGAGGACUGGAUCUUCGCCUUCCGCUACCCGCCUGACUCGCUGGUGCCUCGCAAGACGUCGCUCGAGGCUGAGCGUUCCUGGCUGCAGGCCGAGGCGCAGCGCUGGGGCCUGCACCAGUCAGCGCCUGCGCUGGCGGAGCUGCACGUCGACGAGGCGACUGCGUCGUCGUCGUGCCCCUUGGAGCGCCAGCAGGCGCAGAGGUUGCGCACCCGCUCCGAGUGGUUCCUAGGCGGCAAGGAGAACGACGGUCCACCGGUCGUGUCCGAGCAGGACUGUACGGAACUGGAUGUGCGCACAUUUCACGUCACGCUCACCUACCAGCCACGGAUCUGACAAGGGCCUUCACCCCGCCACCUGGACGAAGCGGGACCUUCUGGCUGUGAUGACAUCGUCCCUUCUACCGUUGGUGGCAUUGCGAGCAGCUCUGGCAGUUGCUGUCCCGCAGGCGCGAGUCUUCCUAGUGCUUCCCCUGUGUGAUUGCCAGUGCUGCUUGCCUCUCCACUGCUUCUGUGGAUGAACUGCCCUGGACUUGGUGAUUGAGGCCGUUGCAGUAUUUUUUAAAACUGAGCUCAUCUUUACUUAAACUUGUAAAAGUGCACUAGAGACGGGAUAAAAGAUGCAUGGACAUUUUACAACGAUCUAUAUUUCUUCCUUGUCUUCAGCGCACUUUUUGAUGUUUAUAUGUGAACUAACAACUUGCCCAAAUCGACCCACUGUUCAGCUUGAGGCACAUAGACUCCAUUCGAGGGCAUCUUUGUUCACAGGUGUUGCGAACUCCUUUGACUGAUGUUAGCUCAAGGGGUUGCGAGGUUUGUUCUGCGAACGUGUUUAGCAUUUGCUGUUGUGAAGGUUGGAGUACUUUAUCUUCCGAGUUAUUUCCUUUUCAGCCAUUGCGAUUUGUCCCCUCAGCGGAAAGUGAUCAUGGAGGAUGUGAAACUCUGGGGGAAGGUGACCUCACAUGGCCAACUUUUGUAAGCCAUCCUCCCUGUUGCCAUUUUGGUCUCACUGGCAUAUUGCUAGUUAUUAUAUUAUGGCUUCAGGUGUUGGCUUAGAUACUGUUACAUGAAGAUCUGUCCUGUUCUUUCCUUCCUGCAGUUGGGAUUGAUUCAGGUGGACCAAGAAGUGGGUGGUAGUGGAGGUAGUAAUUGGCGGUAUUAAUAGUUGCUUAAGAUGAAAACAGUGUAAAGAAGUGACAGUGUCGAAGAGAGAUGCCCCAUCUUUGCACUGCUUUCACCCUAACGUGCUCAUACCUACCAACCGGCCCACAUACUAAACACAAUUUCACAAGUGAGCUUGCCUUUGUUAGGACCACGUUGGCUCUAUUUCAGGGUGUUAGUUUUCUCACUUUCAUUGCAUCGUAUGAAGUGCAUAUUCCAAAGAUACAACUCUGGUCUUUUUAGUACUUUGCGUUUUGUACCUUGUAGUGCCCGUGUCACAGUUCGUUCUCAGGCAAAACGACGAAAGGUUGUUUGCACAUUUUUUCCCCCUUUCCUUAUUGUCGCUGCGUCUGCCAAAGUUGACAUGUGCGUCACAGCCAGUAGCCGUACGCCUCAUCUCAUCUUGGUGGUGGUGGUGGUUGUGUUGUGCUGGAAAAAAAAAACUGCGUUUGUGGCAGACUUGACUGUUGCAACCUCGGUUGUGAAAAAGAUGUACAUUAAUUUAUUUCCCCAACGUUGUUCAUUUUCCACCGUCGAUGUUCAAUUAUUGUGCAGAACCCUCGUAUGUUCACUUAGCAGGUAUGUUUUACAACUCCCCAUGUCUUUUUGCAUUUGUCGGCAUUUAGUUUGCAUGCACAUUGAAACAUGCACAGCCAUUUUUUGAAUGAUAUCUUGAGGAUGCAACGCCUUCUUUUGCAUCCUUAAUAAAGUUUAUACUCAAAAA